AUGAGUUUUUUCCACCAGCGUUGCUUCUCCGGCAGCCUUCUCUUCUAAUCGGUGGUACUUCUAAGGUGAGAUCUCUCUAGUGAACCUCCUUUUCCGGUGACGUAUCUGUUUUCCGGCGAGUUUUUCACAUGAGAUGACUUCCUUUUGUCUGUUGAGUUCGAGCCACUCUCGUCGCUUACCGUUUUCUUCGGUCGCCUUCCUCGUUCUGAGGCCCCCUCCUGCACCACCACCGGAGCCUCCUUCUCCGCCGACUCCACCGGAGCCACCGGAUCCGCCAGACCCUCAAAUCUGCCACACCCUCACCUUUACUGAAUCUAUUGCUCAGCCUUUGAGUCCUCUUCAGUCACAGCGUAGCUCCUCCUCCAUCCAGCAAAGCUUUCCACUGCUUCCCGAUGACUCUCCCUUUGCGAUCUGGUUUGGAGAGUUUGGUUCUCUUCCCUGUCCGACCUCUUCAACCACUGCUCCGGUCAGUGAUGUCCACUACCUUGCCGAAGCCAUCACUUUAACUCCUCAGAAUUUCCCCCAGGUAUGCUCUUGCUGUUCGCCCUCUAAUUCUUCUAAGAUGGGAAGGAUAUGGAUGUUGGUAGAGCUUGUGGCUUUGGUCUUGUGGAAUCUGGUUUUGAGUAAGUUGGUAUUGUGGAAUUCAAAUGUAACUCAUUCGCUUUCCAUGGGCUUAGAUACUUUUGUAUCUACAUUUGUGCUCUCGUGUAGCGCCCUUACACUUAUCGCUUCAAUGCGAUCAUUUACCGCAGUAUGCGGAUUCUAUAUCUAUUUGGCUAUGUUUACAGUUGUUUUGUUGCAGCUUGGACAAAGUUCUUUGAGUAUAGACAACCAGCCAGGUUUCCUGGUUCCUUGGGGCUUUCAUAGCCUUCAUCUUUCCUUUAUGGAGCUUAUUUUCCUUCCAAAUACUUCACUUGUGUUUAGUGGUAUUGUUAUUGGAAGCAUGAUGUUCAAGACUGUUCUGCUUGAAGUAGAAGCGAGGAUUGUUGUUCAAGACUAUUUUCGUUCAGCUUUUGCUGACUGUUUGACGGUAGUGUCGCUGGAGGCUUUGUUUCCUCCUCCUUGUGGUGUCGACAAGGACUUCCAAGCUAAAGGUGGCUGCUUUAUUGGAUGCUCUUGGGCUGAUGCUUCUCUGGUAGAACUUGCUAGUUCACCCUUAUCCCAAAGUCUCAUUUUGAGCAUUGUUGUUUAUGUUAGCUUUUGCUUUUGCUCGACCACUUUGUUAGUCGAUGUUUUGGCUUAUUCGGUUCUUUGUAGCCAUGAUGUAUCCUCUCUUAGUAGAGGUUAAACUCUUAUCCUUUUUAUGAUAUGCUAAGUUUGUCCAAAAAAAAAAAAAUCAUCUUAAGCAUUAUUUUCUAUGAUUUCAAGGUGUCUUUCAAAGAAACUUGCGGUGCGGCCAAAAGAAACCUAAGAAAUACUACAAUGCAUG